AGGGGUCCUUACACACAUCCACACACCACACGGCGCCCGUUUCAUCAUGAGUGUAAGUAUCAUUCCCCGCUGCCACGAGCAGAUGCGCCUUCCCCUCUCCUCUCACCCUUGCUUCUGCACCGCCCGCUUGUCGAUCUCCUACCAUGUCGAAGCUGACAGAAAUGAACGAGCAGUACGGCAACAGCGGUUACAACCAGAUCGACCACGGCGCGAACCCGUACGAUCAGCGCAACGAUGGCGCUCAAGGUGGUCGCUACAACAACUACUCCCAGGGCCAAUACGAUGACCCUGGGCUAGAGAUGCAGAACUACGGUGACCAGCCUGCCCGCAGCGCAGACCCCAAUGCUAUCCUCAACGAGUGCCGCGAAGUCGACCGCGCCCUCGACGACCUCGACGGCCAGCUCGCCAACCUGGAGCGCGUGUUCAGACAGGUGCUGGCUCGCCCAGACAUGCCCUCUGGCGAGAUCAACAACCUCAGCACACAGAUUAUGACAGGCUACCGCGGGCUCGUUUCGCGCGUCAAGAAUAUCAAGAGCAAGCCCGAGUCUGGCAGCCCCAGGAACGCGCCACAGGUUGGAAAGGUCGACCGCAGGCUGAAGGCCACCAUCAACAAGUACCAGACCCUCGAGGCCGACUUCAGGCGAGACUCGCAGGCCGCUGCUGAGCGCCAGUACCGCAUUGUGCGCCCCGAUGCGACCGAGGAGGAGGUCAGGGAAGCUGUUGCAGACCCCGAUGCGCCCAUCUUCCAGCAAGCUCUGCUUAACUCCGACCGUCGCGGCCAAGCUUCGUCCACCCUCCGCAACGUCAAGGAGCGUCACGAAGCCAUCCAGAACAUCGAGCGCCAGAUGGUCGAGCUCGCCCAGCUGUUCCAGGACCUUGAUCAGAUCGUGCAGCAGCAGGAGCCUCUCGUCGCCAACAUCGAGCAGAAGGGCGAGGAGAUCCACGACAACGUCGUUCAGGCCAACAACGAGAUCGGUGGCGCAAUUGUGAAGGCCCGCAGCAGGAACCGCAAGAAGUGGUGGUGCCUGCUCGUCGUUCUGCUCAUCAUCAUCGUUGUUGUCGUUAUUGCCGUUGUUGUCACACAGGUCAACAAGGCUGCCACCGGCACCUAAAUGCUCGCACCCUGAUCAUCGUCUUUGCAGCUCCUACGUUCGACUCGAGCGUCUCCCAGCUCGAAUCGUGCCGUUGCCGUAUCCACCACCCACCACACCG